AUGACUACCGAUGACGACUCUCAGCCUCCAUCCGAUGAUGAACUCUUCUUGCUUCGACGCUUUGGAGCCCUGAAUGCUCGUAUCAUCCUUGCUCUGCAAGAUGAGGUCUGUCAGAUCGAAGAAGAGUUGAAAAAUCUCGAUCAUAAAUAUAUGAACUGUUCUGAUCCUGUGAACAACGGAUCGUUCCGACAAGAUAUAAAGCAAGAUCGGAAGGGCGUUCUAGCGAGAUUGAGGCUCAAACUUAAAGAAUAUAACGAGUUUGUUGUUCUGCAUAGCGAGCUCAAACGCAGGUCACGUGCGGAGCCUCGACUGAUUAAAAAUAUCCUCAACUGGCACGAAACUAAUGAAGGCGCCAUUCUUGAUGUUGAAAAGAACUAUAUCCGAGAAGAAGAAGAUCUUAUUACUAUCACUCCAAGCGCAAAAACUCCGCUCCACCGUGUUCUUGAGAAGACGCAUUGGUUCAACACAUCUCGAUUUUUCAGACAACAUAGACCUCGAAGCAAAGCUUUUUGCGAUGAUGAGACGAUCUUUUUCCAUUCCAAGAGAAAGAUUGAGAUAUUUGACACCACAAUUGUCUUACUUGUAGGCCUAGCUAUGCUCCUGAUUCCGAUCUGGAUUUUGGAUCUUGUUGUUAAAUCUUCUACCGCUCGACUCGGUGUCAUCUCAUUGUUUAUCGCCCUCUUCCUGUUUGGUGUGCAGAUGGUUACAGGAGCAAGGCCAGGAGAGACGCUGGCUGCUACUGCAGGGUAUGCCGCGGUCUUAAUGGUAUUCCUUCAGGCAGCAUCGUGA